AUGUCUGGACCCUCGUUAGCCCCGUAUAUCCUGAAGCGGCCAUGGCUCAAGAGAUGGAUGAUGCCGCUGGCAAACUGGUACGCCGACGCUGCCGGGUACAGAAGACUAGGUCUUCGCGCAGACGACUUGAUCCCCGAAGAGAACGACACCGUGCAGCUCGCGCUCAAGCGACUGCCGCCAAAGGAAGCAUACGAUCGAGUUUUCCGCCUGCGACGAGCUUUCCAAUGCUCCUUGGCUCAUCAACUAUUACCUCCUGCGGAACAGACAAAGCCUGAAGAGGACCGACCUUAUUUGAGCCCCAUCAUUGCAGAAAUCGAAGCCGAGUUGAAGGAGCGUGCGGAUCUGGACUCUAUGAUAGUUGAGCGGAAAAAGUGA